GCUAGGCGGAGGCGCAACAAGCUCCUUGAACGCCGAAAUAAGUAGUCACUCUUGAUUUUUUCCUUGGAAUUGGCGUAACUUGUGUAUGGGUUUAUAUCCCAGGACUAAAAGUAGAACCAUACGGAUCACACAAGAUAUGGUGAUGGCGUGGUCAUGUGUGCAGCCAGCGCUGUUUGUGUGAAGAUGGUUUUAACAGACACUGUUCUGGAGGACUCAGGAACGCUGCACUGGCCUGGAGAAGCCUCAUAAACAAACGCACACAACACACGCACCUGUAUACAAGAAGAUUUACACAUACAUACUCCUCUGCUGUGCCGUGAGAAAAGACACACACGCACAGGCACAUAAAACAAGCUUCACCUGAAGCACACACGCAUUCACAUCCUGUGUGUAUGUGUAUGUGUGUGUGCGCGCUAGCUGCUCUACCCUAGACGUCUUUUGGUGUCCUAUCUCCGCUCCUGUGCGAGAGCGUGCAUUGUAUUUCCUCCUGUCUGUCCCAUCUCAACCGCCACCAUGCCAAGCUCCACUAUCCGCCGGCAGAUGAAGAACAUGGUGAACAACUACUCUGAUGCAGAGAAGAAAGUGAGAGAGGCCACUUCCAACGACCCCUGGGGCCCGUCGUCUUCUCUCAUGUCUGAGAUCGCAGACCUCACCUACAACGUGGUGGCCUUCAGUGAAAUCAUGAGCAUGAUCUGGAAACGGCUCAAUGACCACGGCAAGAACUGGCGCCACGUCUACAAGGCGCUCACCCUGCUCGACUACCUGAUCAAGACGGGCUCAGAGCGAGUGGCGCUGCAGUGCAAAGAGAACAUCUUCGCCAUCCAGACUCUGAAGGACUUCCAGUACAUCGACAGAGAUGGCAAAGACCAGGGCAUCAAUGUCAGGGAGAAGAGCAAGCAGCUAGUGGUUCUACUCAAAGAUGAGGACCGCCUAAAAGGAGAAAGGUCUCAGGCUUUGAAGACCAAAGAGCGCAUGGCCCAGGUGUCCACAGGGAGCAGUCAGAUGGGUUUUGGCCGAGGCUCAUCUCAGCCCAACCUCUCCACUUCCUACAGCGAAGAGUACGGCAGGUCAGAGGGCUCACCUGCCUCCUAUCAUGGCUCCACGUCUCCCAAUAUGGGUUCAGAGCUGGAGCAGGCCAGACCUCAGACCAGCGGAGAGGAGGAGCUACAGCUUCAGCUGGCUCUGGCCAUGAGCAGAGAGGCUGCGGAACAGGAGGAGCGCAUACGCAGAGGGGAUGACCUGAGACUACAGAUGGCCUUGGAGGAGAGCAAGAAAGAAGGGCCGGGCUCGGCAAAACUGGCCAAGAAGAAGAAAGAGCCACAGUCGUCUUUGAUGGAUCUGAUGGAUGUCCCAGAGCCUGGUGCCAGUGCUGACCCCUGGGGUGCUGGGGCUGGCCCUGGUGCCGGGGCUGCUGCUGCAUCAGCAGACCCCUGGCAGCCUUAUGGGUCUGCCCCUAAACCAGCAGCCCCAGUGGACCCAUGGGGUGCUCCUCCUUCUGUCCCACCCAUGAAGAGCAAUGAUCCCUGGGCCCCAAACUCCAUUCCUGCCUCUGACCCCUGGAGCUCCUCAGCUACCCGCCCCAAGACAUCCAACACAGGUAACUUUGACCUGUUCAAUGCAUCCAACGGUACGUCCAAAGAGGACUUCUCAGAGUUUGACAGCCUGCGCUCCUCCUCCUCUGUCCCCACUGGUGAUGGUGGGGUGACAUCCUCUGUCCCCUCCCAAGCCAGUCUCGCUAGCAGCAGCAGCCUGGACCUCUUUGACCCUCUGCCCACCUCUACAUCUACUUCUGUCACCACAAACCCAACUCGGAAGACUCCAGAGUCCUUCCUGGGUCCCAAUGCCGCUCUGGUCAAUCUGGACUCUCUGGUGACGAAACCAGCCCAACCUGCGCCGGUCGUCAACCCGUUCUUGGCUUCAACAGGUGGCUCUGCUCCAGCUGCAGCAGCCCACGCCAACCCCUUCCAAGUGAGCCAGCCAGCUCCCCCCACCCUCAACCAGAUGCGGGUCAGCCCCAUGCCCUCCAGCUUCGGCGGCAUGGCCGAGCCCAUGACCCUCUCCUCCGCUCAGCCCAUCACCAUGGUCCCCAUGGCAGGGAUGGCCCCGAUGGGCCGUGUGGUGCCCGGAAUGGGGGUCGGCCCCGCCGGAGGUGUGGGGAUGAGUGCGGGAAUCCCAGCCUCCAUGUCCAUGCCCCAGCCCCUGAUGAGCAUGCCCCCUCAGGCUGGGACACAGCCCACGGGGACCACCAACCCCUUCCUUUUGUGAGGGGGUGACUGGGGGACAACUUGCUCCAGAGUUACCCCUCUUCCCUGUCUUUCUCUCUCUUCCACUUUGGCUCCUUAUGAAGCUUCAAAAUGAACAAGGAGAUGUCUUAUCCCUUUUAUAACCAGCUCCUAUCCAGGUCGUAGUCCCAGCCCGACCUCCUCCGACCUUACCACACUCCUUUCUCCUCUGUUCCUUUCUCUAUGCUACAAGCUGCCUAGUCCUGUGUGUUCCAUACUGAUCUGACGAUGUUGGUGACCACAAAGAGUUUGCAUCUAUCUACAGACUUAACAGAGUAGCAGUGGUGUUUACAGUUUUUUCCACAAAGGCAGGACAGGACCUAGUCUCUCCUUCCUGUCCUCCUCUCAUUCACUUGCCUCCUCUCCCUCACUUCGUCCCCUAGGACUGCUCCCUUCUUUUUCUGUGGUGGAGUGACAGGAGAGUAUAACUGUACUAACGCCAGGUUCUUAUCUCUUCACUAGAGCUAAUCUUUUAUAAGCCCUGUCAGCUGGUGUGUGUGUGUGUGUGAAUGUGAAUGUGUGUGAGCGCACAUCUCAGUACUUUUACACUGUGUAUAUUCCAGUGGGUUUUACUUACACACACUGGAGUAAGGAUGAGAGAUGGUCAGAUGUGUUUCUACUCUGUGUGUGUGUGUAUGCGUGUGUGUGUUACUAAGCAGGGAUUUUGCACAAUUUUUUGCUUUUUUUUGGUUUUGUUUUUGUUUUGUUUUUUCUUUCUGCGACUGUUGGGCUCACCGUUACACCUUAGCAUAGGGAGGGAGGCUAGCCGCUAAAACAACCGAGACACAUGUUGCCUCGGCUCUCGGUACCACUCAGUCACAACUCUCGUCUGGUCACUUCCCGUCACCUUGGACCUUUUCGUGACCCUCCACCUGGACUUUGACCUCCAGCGGUCACAGGAUUAACAGUGAACACUUAUCAAAAGAGAUGAACCCCUUGUCCGAGGGGUUAAAAAGAUGCGUAAAUGCAAUUUGUGUUUGUAUGUGUGUGCGCUCAUGCACAGCGUUAACGCUCAGAUACUAACAGCCACAUGGUGAUCCAUUUGUCACUCCCCCCCUGUGUGCGUUUAGAGAAAAAGAUAUGAACUGUGAUGGCAUGACUAUUUUGCUAUCUGAGGAUGCAGUGGGGCAUCGUGGGACAGUUUUUUUUUCCGUUUUAGUUUGUUUCUAGGGUCAAAGGGAAGAGAUGGGUUGUGUGUGUGUGUAUGUGCAGUUUGCAUGAGAGAUAUGUUUAGCUUCCAAGUGUACUUUAAUGAGCAAGUUUUUUUUAUUGCAUUGGUGGAAACUGACUUAGAAUUUACUCAAGUUAGUUUCUGAAGUCAAAACAAGGAGUAACGUAGGCAUCUGCAGCCUUAAGAGUGUGUGUGUGUGUGUGGGUUUGCAUGUCUUAUGUGUGUGUCUGUGUGCAACCAUAUAUCAACGAGGGUUGUUAAGAAAGCUCUUGGUUUAAAGGGUGUGUCAGCCAGUCAGCAUCAUGAAUAGAGUUUACCUCUGAGUGGAUUUGCUGUGGCUAAUCUAUCUACAGGAACAUUAUCCAGUGGAGACACACUCACACACUCUCUCACACACACACACACACUCACAUGGGGUUGUUCUAGGAUCGGAUCUAUUGAUAGCACAGGGAAUCCCGCAGCAAACAACAGCGAGACAUGUCUUGUAAACAAGCGGUUGUUAAUUUUGUUGGUUGUUUUUUUUUUUUUUUUUUUUUUUUUUGUUAUUUACUCAUUAGAUGUAAAUCCAUAGCCAAGCCUUUUCUGAGUUUUGGAGCUGUACUAGCUAAGCCAUGUAUCAUCUUCAUUCUCUCUUUUGUCUAUGUUCUGUCAUUCUAGUUUUUUCACCCUAUGGGUAGGCUAUGUAAUUCUCUUCUCUUAGAAGCACAACUGUUACCAAAGUCAUAGCGACUGUGAUUUCUGAGGAUGCCGUACUUUGAGUAGUUUGAACAGUAGGGUCACACUUCACUGACAUUUUUUUCUGUUUUUGUUUUUUUUUGGAAACUCAUGAUAUCAGAGACUCCAUUAUUAUGAUUUUUUUUAUAUAUUUCAGAGCUAUUUUACAGUUUGUUCAGGAGUUUGUAUAAGAAAGUGUUAUUGUUUGCUGAAUAUCGGCACAUUUACUGACAACAAGCUAAGUGUCUGUCUCCUCUGUUGGUGGAGAGAAGUGGGUUGAUGAAAUACAGCUAAGAAUGAUGCGCCUGGUGUAAUAGACCCUUCUUCUCUUGAGUUCUCUUCUCUUCAGUUCUGUUAAUAUCACUGCCAAUGUUGUUACUGUGGAAGGGGUGUUGUUUUCUUUUUCCUUUUUUCCUCUUAGUGUGAGUUGGCGCCCUCUCCUGGUCUGCUGUGGUAUGAUGGCUACUCCGCAGGACCCUUGAUAUUUCCACUAAAGGCAGACCUUCAAUUCUCUCAGGCAAAAGGAGGGGCAGCUCUAAGUGUGUGUAUGAUUUUUGGUGAAGAUGCUGAGGGCGGUGAUGAUGAUUUUUUUUAUGCUUGGGGUCCUGAUUGAAUGGAUGUGACACUUGCAGACCAGCAAACAUUUUUAAUCUUGACUAAAUAUAUGCAAAAAUUGGAGCUGGAAAAGUGAAAAAAAAAAAAAAAGAUAAGAAGACUUAACGCUUGAUGUGUUUUGCAAAGUUAGAUUUGCUAAUAAA